GCCUUACAAAACUUGCUUAUCACAUUUCCUCAACAUCAGGUUAAUUUUUAUGAUACAGUGGCUGGGUCUUCUUGCAUUAGUGGCAUUUUAUCUGCUAUGCAUUUGUUAUAUUUCUGUGUUAUUCUCGAAGCGUCAUGUGAAAGGAGAAUCCACCAUAUGAAGAUAAGGUCAGCAUCCUUCUGAUGUAGUAAAACAGUGAAAUUAAAAUUUAAUUGUGCUGAUAGCACCGCAUGCUAAGAGUUCCUCAACCUUUUUAAGUCUGGGGUCUCAUUAACCCUUUCUUAUUGACUUGUAGGUUGACAGGUUAUAAAUGAAAUCCAUUUUUUAAUGCUUCAAGUUAGUGCUUUAAUAAUAAUAUAUUGUGGCAAAUGUUUAUACAUUACCACACUGUAACAUUCUUUAAUAAUUUAUUUAUUUUUAGUUACUUAUAUUACUAAUAUUAAAUAUUCAGAUAGGGCUGGAUGUUUUAAAAAUAACUGUUACAAUGAACCCAUCAACAACGGAGGUACUUUAACCUACUGAAGCAGGAGCUAAUUUAAAUAAUAUUUUAAAACACGUUUUCCACCUUGAAGAAAACGCGAUGCAACUCCAUUACCAAGAUUAAAUGUUUAAUUCUGUGUGGGGAAAUAAAAAUCGUAUAUUCAGUGAAUUAUUCGAAGCCCAUGUGGUCAGUAAGAAGAGUUUUUCAUAUCGGAAGACGCGGGGUUGUGCGAACGGUACAUUGAAUGAAUCAAGGCGACUUGUGUUCUCUUCCGCUGGUUCAUAACCUGCCGUGAUGUCAUACAUUUGACGAGUACGAUGGGGCUUACUCGCACAGGAUUGUCUUAUGACAGGUGCAGUAGCAAGUGGUAUGAUCGUGGUGCAUAGUCAUUUCGUAACUGUCAUGGUGAGAAGGUCUGUGAUGUGUAAGACAUCUUUGGACUCAGACGAGGUUUGUCACUGUCUUCGGAAACUAAGAUGAAUUGGGAAGACGAAGAGACCUUGGCAUGGGAGCUCGCGGCCCGAGAGGCUCAGCAGAGAUUCUGUGAGACCUGGGGAAACCGGAAAUGGGACGUGUUUCUUCAGUCCGAACGUACUCUUCUGGAAGCAAGAGUCGGUUUGGCUCUAUUUGGUCCACCUGAACAACAAAAUACAAACAAGUUUAGCGGCUACAAGAAGAAACAAGUGAAAACCAUAACGAAACUCUGCGAUAUGAUUGUUAGGAAAACGAGAAAAUAUGCUAAUUUCGGACAAGUGAAGAUAUCGUGUGUUUUUGUGAGUGCAAAAAGCGUUAAAGACAGAUUCACCGUACCCUUAAUUCGUGUGCUGAAGUACGAUUAUGCAGAUGAGGUAUGUAACCACCGCUUCUUUGAUUCUAACUGUUACAUGUUCAGAAGUUGGCAACACUUCCUCAAGCAGAACAAACUGCCGCAAUGCCUUAUACUGUAUCCUACGAACGGGAUAUAUACCCUCAAGGAUGGGAAGGUUAACCUGAGCAGGGGCGAAUCCAAACGAUGGUUUUCCACGACCGUGGCGACAUUGCGCCCAUGGGGAUCUCUGGGUCUCUCGGGGUUUGGACUGGAAUCUUCACGGAUCCCCCUGGUCGUGAACCCAGUGGUGGCAGGCACGGCCAUGAAAAGCGCUCUGUUUAUAGCUCGCACAGUCAGCACCAAGAAAAGCAUGGUCGUGGAAGGAGAAACUGCUGACCUCGAGGCCGACUCUGAGGAGCUGUGACACCACUUGUGGAUUAAUAUUUCUACAAGCAGCUGCCCGCGUGUGAUGAAGCAGUAUCCUGAUACAGGUUUCAUGCAUGAAACUGCUGUCAAGGUGAGAGGCUAAACACUAGAAAGCCAGUUUCCUUGAGUUGCAGUCCAAAUUCAAGCCUUUGUUUCCUCUGACCUAAAGCAUCACAGAUGAUCAUCAUUAAACCAGCAAGUCAGCUGUCUGCCCACUACACUGGCGUGAUGGGAGUUAAGCUGAAACAUCGUCAGUGGUCGUUGGUGAGGUUACAUUUACGGCGUCUCUAAGAAUCUGUGGUUUGGACAAGUCGAGCUGCAGCAAUACCACGAGGUACGUUACCAUCAUAGAUCCCAGCUGAAAAACAGUCAUAUUAAUCAUAUUCACAGUGCUCACUACCAUGAUAAUAAAUGUGGCAACUAUUCACGCCACCUUGUGGUGUCUACGUGCAAUAUUAUUCGAUCGUCAACACUGAUAGUUUUUUUUAUGAAAAUUUGUAUCGACUCUUAAUAUCUGUGCUGAUGGUGACUGAUAACACGCUACUGUGCUGAACGGAAGCAGUGCUGUGCUCCGUGCUUUAGUUAAAAUGAACCAUGACGGGAGAACUAGUGGAAUUUAACUUACGGAUAACAGCAUUCCUCUGUUCACGGUGACGUAACCUCCAAAAUUGAUUUCCGGAGGACGCAAUUCGAUUGCUCUCAAGAAGGCAUCAACCUGCAACACAGCGAUGACGGUCUCGACAGUGGAGCGUCAGGUGUUUGAUUUCCUUGGCUAUAUGUGGGCCCCCAUUCUUGCCAACUUCUUUCAUAUAAUAUUUGUCAUAUUUGGUUUCUUUGGCACGUUUCAGUAUCGUCCGAAGUAUAUAAUUGCAUACACUGUGUGGGGAAUCUUGUGGACGGGCUGGAAUGUCUUUGUUAUAUGCUUUUAUCUGAGCAUUGGUAUAUUGGACAAAGAUAGUGAUAUUCUUAAUCUUGGAACUGGGAGUGUGAGCUGGUGGGAAGUGAAUGGAGCAGGUUGCAAACCAUCAUACCCUACAAAUCUUACAUCAGAGUUAGAUCCAGAUCCAUCUCGUCCACUUAGGCCUGAACAUGUUACAGGCUGCUUUUUAGAUUAUCAGUACGUUGAAGUACUCCAUGCUGCCCUGCAGUGUCUCCUGGCAGUUCUGGGUAGUAUGAGUGGCAUCUCUGUGAGCCAUGUGUUCCUAGAAGAAGAUGACAGUUCACGAGCUAACAAGUUUGGGACCAAACGAAAUGGGGCUGGUGGGGCCCGGACAUCUCUGUACUCCAUAGAGUUUAGUCCUCACCAUGAUGCUGGUCGAGGACUGGGUGAUGAUAGUGUAGAGUUUGAGGAUGAUAUUGGAACACAUGUCCAUGCUCCUCAGUUGUCACCUCGUCCUAUGACACCUCGUCGUGUCAAGAGACGUAGUGUGAUAUCGCGUGGAUCUACUGGUCGUAGUUCUCUGCCCAAUUGUCAUGACAAGCGCUCCAGUGUGAGGUACAGUAACAAUGUGAGAUCAUCACUGCGAACUUCAGGCCGUCGGUCCAAACUGCAACAUCAGAAUCCAGUGACUCGCCUCAUAGAACAGCAACAGCAGUCUCUUGCUGACUCCUCCACUUCAAAUGACUCAACACGUCUCAACCUUUUUGACCCCUCCUCUUCUUCACAAGCAGACCUUUUGUCUAAUGCCAGCACCCCACAUUGGAAGAAGGCCUCAGGCCACACUAACCCCCUCUAUCAGCAAAGCUCUAUGCAGUCUCUAGAUGAUGAUGAUGUCUACAACAAUCGACCAUCAUCAGCAAGGUCAAGCUACUCAAACUAUCAUGGCACGAGGCCCAUCAGUUGCUAUGUUGGACCAGGAGGCACACCUGCAUAUUACAUGGCAGGACAAGCAACAGCUCAGGUUCCCGUCACCAACACACAUAGACGCAGUAAUCAUGCUAUUGCGAAAACAAGGCCUACUUCUGGGUUCCUAAACAGUGGUCCUCCAGCUUAUCAGGUACAGGGUGUAGUUGAUUCAGAAACUGUUAUCUGAACAAAACACUAUCAAGUUCUUCUGAAUAAUAAAUUUGGUUGAAUAGUAUUUACCAGAGAACUUUGUACAUGACUGAUGAAUAUAAUUAUCUUUGAAUUCAGGGUGAUAUUCUGAUUUCAUAAUGGGACCACUACAUGCUGACCAUCUGGUUAUAAUUCUUGAAGUUGGAGGUGAAAGGGGUGGAAAUAUGCACAUGGAACGUAAUUAUUCCUCAGGACUUCAUUAAAACUAUAAUGUAGAUUAAGUUAACCCUUUCAUUGUUAUAAUGUGCUCUGGUAGUAGCACAAUUAUCAAACCCCAUAAUCAGACAGAAUCCUGAACCAGUUCCAUCCACUUCACAUAUGUGUAGCAAAUUUCCCUAACAGCCAUCUUUUUAACCUCUCAUAUACUUCCCAGUCUUCAAAAUGGCUGCUUUCCCAUAAAAAUUUUGUAAACAUUUAAUAUUUUGUCAGUUCAGCCCAUGGUAACCUCGUUGCUUUGAAUCCUUGACGAUUAUUCUUUAUCAUGUUUUAUACUUCAUUUGUGUUUACUUUGUCCUACGUUGAUUCAUUUAUGUUCCAGAGUUUUUUGUUAUCAAAAAUCUUGAAACUUGAUGUUCUUUCUUUAAAGUAAGAGACUUUUCACAACUAUACAAAGUAACUGAUAAAAUUAUAGUGUACAUAUCUUAAUAUUUAGUGUAACUGAAAACAGAUGAUAAUUGUUACUGAGGUGAAUAGUAAUACAAACAUUUGUAUAAGAAUUCUCAAGAUCCAAAGAAAAUUAACACAUCCUCUGUUACCUGAUGUAUUAGGCAUCUUUCCCUCUUUGUCAGACAGUUUUAUUAUGAGAUGGUGUUAAUCAUUAAAAUAGAGUGAUUUAGCUAGUUAGUUAUUUUUAAUGUUAUGAAGGAAUGUAAAUCACUUAAAUACAUCAUAUGUUUUACA